AUGCGAAGGUUUCGAAGUUAUGCCUUGUGCUUUCUGUUCUUCUCGGGGGGUCGUUUGACUCAAGAAAAGAAAAAGUUGGAACUGCAGGAGUCCGAGGUUGAGGACGAGAUCCUCCGUCUUCAGCGUGCCUCUACUGCUGCCUUCAAUCGUCUGCUCCGCCUGCGCAAAUAG